AUGCCCAACACUUUGACAAUGUUCAAGGCUGAUCCAAACCUUCAUGCAUCAUGGUUGCAAUCUUUUGAUGCCUAUGCAGUCACUGUCCAGGGCAAUUUGGUCAUCACCAUGCCCAACAUGGACUUCAUCCCUCAGUUCCACCAUUUCGAGGAAGAAAACAUACAAGCAUGUGCCAAUGGGCAUUUCAGUGUUGUCAACUACUUUCAAUGGCCUCAAGCCUAUGACAACAUCUUUUGCAAUUCUGUCUGCAUUCCCUGUAAGGAGCUCUACCCAUUCCUGCACCUGCUUCACUGGGCAUGGUUCACCCCCGACCAAAAGGACUUCAAGGCCAUUGCAGGCAACUCAUUUCCUGUAGGCACAUUAGCUUCUGACAAGGUCAAAGGAUUGGAGUCACUCCUGAAAAUGGCAGACAAGCGUGUCCAGGACUGGAGGGCCAAUCGACAAGGCAAAAAUGACAUCAUCAUCAAUCACAUUGCAUCUCUUCAACACAGUAUCUCACGGCUCAAGAAACAUCCCUUAACCUUUUGCAAUCUCCUCAUCUUCGUCACAGAUGCCCAACACCUAUUCCUUGAAAUUUACUCCUUCAUGGAUUGGGUUCUCAUCACCCAACCUCGCAUCUCCUCCGGCAUGGGAGCCAACACUGUCAAUUCAGCCUGGAUUGGCGCUUUCAUGCAUGACAGUGACAUGUGCAACAAGCUCCACAUGGCUGGCAUCCCUAGUCUGGUGAUGAAACCCGUAUUAAUCACGCAUCUGGAUGACAUCAUCAUCUCAAUGUAUGCAGAGGGCAAUAAAAUCCGCCCCUACGACAUCAUCUAUUGUGGUCAAGGUGGCCACCAGCAUCAGCUUCACGUUCGCCACCUAUAUGGUGGCACAACUUUCAAAAAUCCCGAUGGGCUGGUUGCUUCAGCAAGCAGUUUCUCUAUGCCCAGUUCUUCUACACCUGCAUCAUGCUCUAAGCCAUCUGCUGCUGGAAAGGCCCCUCAAAAAAGUCAGAAAAAGCAUAGGCGACAACCUUAUGCGAGAAAGGCUCAGCCCACCCAACUGUCCCAGUCAGGCGAAUCCAGGGACAAGUGGAAAGACCCUGAAAGCCCAUAUCUUCUGCCGUCUAUCUUACAUUGGGAUGAUGCCCUCAAAACUUGCACAAAGGAUCCGUCUUGUGUGUAUAUGCCCUAUGCGAUUGAUCAGGGAUACAGAUUCCCCGAACCUGCUCUUCUCCUUGGUCCAAAGCUACUGGAGCACCUGCAAGGUGCUGCGCCCAAAGGCAAAGAUCCCAAAAAGAAGGGUCUUAUGGUGGUGGAGAAGCGAAAGGCAGUGAUGAGGGACUUUUUUGGUGACGAUGUGUUGGAGACUCAUGGAGAUUUGUUUGCACCAGAAGGAUCGGUGGAGUUUCGCAGUGAACAAGUGUCAGUUGCCAGUCUCGCUAACCCUCCACGCUGUCUUGCCCAAAGGAUUACAUGGGAGUUAUAUGAGCUCAGUUUCCAUUAUGAACUGAGGGAUCUUGAUCACCACUUAGUCCAUAAAUGCUGGGCAGAUGAUCUGACCAGUUGUGAGCAACUCCUUCAUUCCAUAUUUCCAGGCAAGGCUGGUUUGGUCAUGUGGUCAGAGCCAUUUCCAGGGGAUAACUACGGCAUGUGGAAUAACACCUUAAUUGGUGUUCUGCCUUACCUGGAAAAAUUCUGGGAACUCCUCUGUGCUUGGAACAAUGUCCCACUGCUUCUGGUUGUGCCUCUGACCCCAGAAAACUUCACCGAUACCAAGUGUUGGGAAGUCAUGCAUGCUGCGACCGCCUUUUAUGUGCAGACAUUCUUUUGUCAUUUUGGCAGGCCCCCCAUCGUUCCUCAUUCCCUCCCUUCAUAA